AUGAAUGCAAGCGAGCACUGCAUGCCCCAGAGGCUGCACCCCACCAUCCCUGCCCUGGGCAGCCUGCUCCUGCUGGGCUGUGUGCUGCUCAACGGCAUGAGCUUCUGGGUCUUCUGCUUCCGCAUCAGGCACUGGGACUCAGGCAUGAUCCUGCAGUUCAGCCUGGUGCUGGGGGAUAUCCUCAUCAUCCCUGCUGUUCCACUCAGGAUUUCCUACUUCAGCCUCGGCAACCAGUGGCCAUUUGGGCAGUUCCUCUGCCAGCUGGAAGUCUUCCUGCACAGCACCCACGUCUACAGCAGCAUCUACUUCCUGAUGCUCAUCUGCAUCCACCGCUACUUCACGGUCGUGCGCUACAAGAACAGGAGCCUCUGGAAGAAGAGAAGCUUCUUGAUGAAGCUCAGCUUGCUCACCUGGGUCAUCCUCUUCAUCCAAGGGCUGCCUUUCUUCUUCCUCCUCAAGACUUCAGUUGUGGAUGGCUCAGCAAAGUGCCUGAAUAUUCACCAGCUGGAAUUGGCCUCUGUUUACUUCUUCUACAGCAACGUCCUGCUGGUGCUCUCCUUCCUCCUGCCCUUCACUGUUUCCUUGGCUUUUGGAGCCCUGCUGAGCGCUGCCAUUGCUCAGGUGGCAAAGAGAAGCUCCAGAGGCAGGAAGAUGAAGAGCAGGUCUCUGCAGAUGAUCACAGUGUCCCUGCUGAUUUUUGCUGCCUGCUUUGGGCCCCUGCACAUCUGCAGGACCAUUGCCGUCGUCGCGAAGUACUACGGCAUGUCUUGUGAGCUCCUGCACAAAGCAGAAGUUGCCUACUACAUCAGCUGGGUGUUCACCAUGGCAAACACUUGCCUGGAUCCCCUCAUCUAUGUCUUUGCCAACGACAAGUUCCAGAAGAGCUUUGCUGACUCCUUUCGCCAACGCUGGGGCACGAAAAUGAGCGCCAAAGCUCCAGGAGCCUCCUCAGACCUUCCCACCACGUCCUGUGGCAACCAGCAGCUGCACCUGCAGCCCUGCAAGUGA